AUUCGCCAAUACGGUUGAGAAAAUCGUGAAAAACUCGCGCAACAUAGUACGUGUGUGCGAGUGGUGUACGUAAUUUUGUUAUUUUAAAUUUGUCCACCUCUCUCUCGCACACUGCAAAUCGCUCCCUCUCGUCCGACGAAUAAUAAUAAUAAUAAUAAUAUUUCAAUAACUCCUCGGAAAAAAAAUUACACCAUACAAACUGUUGUGAGCCGAACGCGGAAAUAGAUUUUCGGCUAAAAUCUCACGGCGCGUCGUUAAUCGUUUGACGAAAAAAAUAAUACACGGAAUCGCUGCCGAUGUCUCGUAUCGUCUUAUCAUAAGUUUUUUUUCGUUUCCAAGACGAACAAUAGUAGACCAUAGUAAACUAUAAUAAUAAUAAUUACAUAUAUAUUAUAUAUAGUAGUAGUGGUCGCAGUAGUGGUGUUUCCUUUUGGCUCUAUCCGAAAACGGGCAAUCAAUUUUUUUUCCGGACAACACAAUUAUUAAAAUAUUCUGAUUUUCGAAAAUCAAAAAUCACACGCACACACCCACACACCAACAACAACACUCAUACACAUGCACGGUACAAAUAAUACAUCAUAUUCAUAUGCACGCAUGUGUGUUAUUAUUACUGUUUUGUUUUUUUCAUUUUAAAAAUGAUAAACGUCCGAAUGGCGUAUUAAGUUUCACGGGGCCGCCGUCGUAAACACGUCGUCCCGGAGGCCGGAACAGUCGUGACCGGACCGCACGCGCCAGUCGACGUUCACGUCGGAUUUAUCGUACCACCGGUAAGUGAUUGAUAUUCAGAAAAUAAGAAUUGUCCUCUUCAGGCGCAAUGAAUCCUGCUGUUAAUAUUUCUAGUGUGCGAUACAGCAUUAGUGAUGAAUUAAAUGGAUCCCCAGAUAGGUUGGCUGCAACCAGAACAAGUAGGUCCCGCUCAAGAAUUUUGGUCCAGAAUUUUGGACUCCUCUGAAGAUACAGACAGUAACGACGAUAAGUAUAGCACUGAAACUGUUCAAGAGGAAGAAGACGAGGACGAAUAUACGUUACCGUUGGAUUGGAAGUUUGAUUUCUCUAUAGACGAUCAAGAAAUCAAGACUAGUAAUCUAUAUGAGCACGGCUUGUUCACAAAUAUAGCCAGUACAUACGACAUGAACAAAAUGCAAGCUCAUUACAUUGGCAAAUUUGGUGGGUGUCCAUGGAGACAUGGAAAAAGUUAUGACCGCCAACCAAUUUGCACCCUCCAUAAAGAGAUAGAAGACUUUUUUGCAUAUAUGUCAGCCACACCAGAAGAGCAUAGCAUGCGGCUCGAUGUACUGGAACGUGUUACUAAUGUUAUACAUGCUGAAUGGCCUAAAGCUAAAGUUGAAGUAUUUGGUAGUUUUCGAACCGGACUUUAUUUGCCCACUAGUGAUAUGGAUCUGGUAGUAAUAGGUGAAUGGGAUACAUUACCAUUGCAUUCACUUGCUCAAGCUCUACUUAAAAAUAAUGUCUGUAAUGAAAACAUUCAGGUUCUUGACAAAGCAUCGGUUCCAAUCGUCAAAAUGACUGAUAAGGCUACUGAUGUUAGGGUGGAUAUAAGUUUUAACAUGAAUAAUGGUGUGAAGUCAGCUGAAAUGAUAAAACACUAUAUGGAUGUUUUUCCAAUGCUUCCCAAACUUGUGUUAGUGCUAAAACAAUUUUUAGCCCAGAGGGACAUGAAUGAAGUGUUCUAUGGAGGCAUAUCUUCUUAUAGUUUGAUCCUUAUGGUCGUCAGUUUUUUGCAGUUACAUCCUAGAGGAGAUUUAAAUUAUCCCACUGCCAAUCUAGGUGUAUUGUUAAUAGAGUUCUUUGAACUUUAUGGCAAAAAAUUUAACUAUAUGCAUACAGCUAUACGUGUGAAAGAUGGUGGACUAUACAUAUCUAAAGACGAAGUCCAAAAAGACAUGGCUGAUGGUCAUAGGCCAAGUAUUUUGUGUAUAGAGGAUCCAUUAACCCCUGGAAAUGAUAUUGGUCGUGGUUCUUAUGGUGCUCUUCAAGUAAAAAGUGUAUUUGAAUAUGCAUUUACCACAUUAAAAGCUGCUCUCGACCCUCAAAUUGUUUCACCUAGUUUUAGUAUACUCGGACGGAUAGUACGAGUUAAUGACAAAGUUAUACUUUACCGGCAGUGGGUUAGAGACACUUAUGCCUUACAAAAUACUCAAAGAGUGAUAAUUAAUAAUUACUUGACCACUAGUAAUAUUAGUAACAAUGUUAGUGUGUCUACCACUACUAGUAGUAGAGCUUCUACAGUAUCUUCUGGUUCUGGAUCAGCUGAAUCUGACUCUGAGAGUAGUAUAGAAAAAUUAAGUGAUGCUGGCGACCACAAUGAUCAGAAUAGUAAUUACCAACCCAGACGUAAAAAUCCACAUUAUCAUAGACAUAAUAGCUGGAAUAAUCAACAAAAUUAUCAAAUGAUUAACUCUGGUAAUCACCCAUCUACCCGAAAUCAAAGAAUAAUAUGCACUAGUCCAGCUAAUAAUUACCAACAACGUGGUUUCACAAACAACAAUUACAAUAAUAGUUAUAACCACCAUCAAAAUUACCGGCCUAAUGCGGGCAAUAAACACCAGUAUACGGGAAAUUACCAACCACACUUUGGUAAUUUCAUGUCAAGCAAACGCCAAAAACGAAAAAACCAAACCCAAGAUGUAAGAUAAAAUACGCGCGUCCAAUCUUAAAACUUAAAAAAAA